CUUUCGCGCUUUUCUAUUUUUUUCCAUCUAACGCAACCAUGGACGAGGAAUACGACGUUAUUGUUUUGGGUACCGGCUUGACCGAAUGUAUUUUGUCAGGUCUUCUUUCGGUCGAUGGCAAGAAGGUCUUGCAUAUGGACCGUAAUGACUAUUAUGGUGGUGAAUCGGCUUCUUUAAACUUAACACAGCUUUUCAACAAGUUCAGACCAGGCCAGGAAGUGCCUUCCGACUUGGGCCGUGACCGUGACUGGAAUAUUGACUUGAUUCCCAAAUUCAUGAUGGCCAACGGCGUCAUUGUUAGCUUUUUAACUCACACCGAUGUCACGAGAUAUUUGGAAUUCAAGCAAAUUUCUGGCUCCUUUGUGUACCGUGAAGGAAAAAUCUCAAAGGUCCCCACCACCGAAAGUGAAGCCUUGAAAUCCCCCUUAAUGGGCUUCUUUGAGAAGCGUCGCAUGAGAAACUUUUUGCUGUGGGCUCAAAAUUAUAACGAGGCCGAUCCGUCCACAACACAAGGUCUUAAUAUCAACACGAAUACCAUGGCUGAGGUUUACAAGAAGUUCAGCUUGGAUCCCAAUGUGCAAGACUUUAUCGGUCAUGCUAUGGCUCUCCACUUGGAUGAUUCGUACCUCCAGCAACCUGCCAAGGACACCGUGGAUAAGGUUCGUCUUUACGCUGCUUCCGUAACGCGCUACGGCAAGAGCCCGUACAUUUAUCCCUUGUAUGGUCUUGGCGAUCUUCCCCAAGCAUUUGCACGCUUGAGCGCUGUGUAUGGUGGCACCUACAUGUUGAAUAAGGAUGUCACUGAGUUCGUUUACGACGACAAUGGUGCCGUCACGGGUGUGAAAUCCGAAGGUCAAGUCAUUCGCGCCAAGAAGGUUAUUUGCGAUCCUUCCUAUGCACGUGACAAAGUCCGUCAAGUCGGUUCCGUCGUACGCGCUAUUUGUAUCUUGAAGCAUCCCAUCGAGAACACCCAAGACAUUGACUCAGUCCAGAUUGUCAUUCCUCAAAAGCAAAUCGGUCGCCAACACGACGUGUACGUUGCCUGUAUCAGCAGCGACCACAUGGUCUGCCCCAAAGGCUACUAUCUCGCCAUCGUCUCCACCAUUGUCGAAACCGAUCGUCCCGAAAGCGAACUUCAAGCCGGUCUCAACCUAUUAGGAAAUAUCCAUGACAAGAUUGUGUAUGUGUCUCCUUUGGAAGUGCCCGUGGAGGAUGGUACCAAGGAUCAAGUCUUUGUAUCUCGCUCUUAUGACGCCACUUCCCAUUUCGAGACUGUGUGCGAUGAUGUGUACGAUCUCUGGAACCGUAUCACCGGUGAACCUUUGGUUCUCAAGAAGAAAGAGACACAGGAAGAAGAAUAAGUGCUUCUGCUUUUUCUCUUUGGUUUCUUUUUUCUCCCUUUUGCUUUUUCUCUUUAUGAUCAUGCCUAUGGAUUAUCCUUUUAUUCAGUGGUCUUUAAUUAGACACGAGUUUUUUCCUGUAAAAUCACAAAAAAAAAACCAAAUACAUUGGAAGUUUGUUCAAAUGAUUCAUA